AUGCAUACACAUUACGCUUGAUGCGUCGCAAUUUGAUUGAUUUGGUGCUCCAACUUCCACACUUGGUGCGCGAGAAUUCCCGAAUGAGUCCAAACCUAACCACGGCGCCCGUUGGGGGAGGAGGAAGCAUUCGUCGCCGAAGAAAACCACCCAGUGGCAGCGGUGUCCUUUCGCUCGUUAAACGCAAGAAGGCUAAUCAACGCGAGCGCAACCGCAUGCACGGACUGAACGAUGCGCUCGAUCGGUUGCGGAUGUGCGUGCCACUUCCGGCGAGCUUAACCACCGCCACGGUAAGACCGGACGACGCUCGGGAGGCAACGCCAACACCACCGCAGAAGCUUUCGAAAAUCGACACACUACGGUUGGCGCAAAAUUACAUCGCAGUGCUGCUGGAGGUGCUGCACAGUGGACGUGGGAUGAAGUACGAUCGGUUGCUGGCUACAUUGGGGCGCAGGUUGAGCCAAAACACCACCAAUCUACUGCGGACGAGACUUUCGCUCGAUGAGCAGCUGCAGGCCGGACUGGUGGAUGGGGGUUGUGGCGGGGCUGGAUCGUUCGAGCACGAAGGACAGGGGCUGUGUUGCUUGUGUUCACCACAGCACGAUACGCCCGUGUGGUCAAAUAGAGCGGCGCCUGCUGAGCAGCAGUGGACGUUGGGGUACGAUUGCAGCUUCUGCAGCUACAGCGAGGACGGUCCACCGACGAUGACGAUGACGACGACGUACCGUGAGCGGGGUGAUAUGUUCGACUUCUGAAAGCAAGGC